AUGAUUUCCAUGGAAAUCUUUCUAUGCGUUCUGCAGAUACUCUGUUUUGUGUCAAUGUUAAUUUAUCUAUGGAAAGAAGAUCCGUCAGCACGCACCCUAGGACGGAUAUAUUUAAAAACCCGUAACGAGAAGUCUGCAGUAAUAAUGAUGGGUAUUGUGAUAGAAGUGUUUGUUGUGUGCUACGGAAUAUAUUUGCGUUGUAGUCUAGUAGUACUAUUCGACACAAAUGCAUCAUGUAAAGAUGAACAAUACAAAAUUCCUGUAUUGGUUUUAAACUCGGCCAUUAACCCAUUGUCUUAUGCUUUUUUCAAAAGAGACAUAAAGAAAGAGUUAAAAAGGCUUAUCAGUCAGCUGGUUUAA